UCGCGGUAUGAAUGAGCCGGUGGACGCGUGAAUGGACGUGGAUGGAAGCGUGAAGUGCAAGGCGGGGCUCCGGCUGGGCGACCUCGAGUGCCGACGGGGCCGGGGCUCCUUCCCCUCCCUACCCAGUCUCCCGCCCCGCUCCCCUCCCCGCGGCGCGCAGCCCUCUUGAGCCCUCCCGAGCUACCGCGGGCGCCAGAGCCCGGACCGCGCAGCCACCGGGCGGACAGAGCCGCCUUAGGAGGGGCUAUGCCGCCACCGUCCCCAGCCCCGCACCAAGGCCAAGUCCCGCGAGCGAGAUCCAGGUAGCAGCAACCGAGGAUGCCCGGCGCCGGAAGCCAACAGCAGUGCUCGCUAAUGAUACCAGACACUGACUGGAAGGCCGGCUUCUGGGCGUACCAGGCUCUGGGUGAAGUGGUGCCCAAGCCUUAGAGUUCAAUAGCCCUCAUCGUGGCCCUGGGAGGUAGGUAUCUUUAACACUUCGUUGGACUCCGUUGGAUGGGGAAACAGACUGAAUGAGGGAGGCAUCCCAACUCAUGACUAAGAAUAAAAGAGAGGGAAGGUAGGUAAUGCCCCUGAUGUUCCCUUUUCCCCUUCUUCCCCCACUUCCCUCCCCUCUUCCCUCCUUCAGGAAGUUUUGGGCUGGGACCCCAAAGAUCUGAGUGCAAGAUCAGGGUCCCCUGAAGGAAGUGGGCUGAGGGCUUGUGGGAGUUCCUCUUCCUCCACAGAGCCCAGGAUGUUCCUCAGCUGAAGCGGCUCCCGAGCCCAUGGAACCCUCGGCCACUCCCGGGGCCCAGGCCGCAGCCGCCACUAGUAGCGGGGAAUCCUUCCGCCUACCUCCAGACUAUGAGGAUGAGUUCCUCCGCUACCUGUGGCGGGACUAUCUCUACCCGAAGCAGUACGAGUGGGUUCUCAUCGCGGCCUACGUGGCCGUGUUCCUCAUUGCCUUGGUGGGCAACACCCUGGUUUGCCUGGCUGUGUGGCGGAACCACCACAUGAGGACAGUCACCAACUACUUCAUUGUCAACCUGUCCCUGGCAGAUGUGCUGGUGACUGCCAUCUGCCUGCCUGCCAGCCUGCUGGUGGACAUCACUGAAUCGUGGCUCUUCGGCCCUGCCCUGUGCAAGGUCAUCCCCUACCUACAGGCCGUGUCGGUGUCGGUGGCAGUGCUGACUCUCAGCUUCAUCGCCCUGGACCGCUGGUAUGCCAUCUGCCACCCCCUGUUGUUCAAGAGCACAGCUCGCCGUGCCCGAGGCUCCAUCCUGGGCAUCUGGGCUGUGUCACUGGCUGUCAUGGUGCCCCAGGCUGCUGUCAUGGAGUGUAGCAGUGUGCUGCCUGAGCUAGCCAAUCGUACCCGGCUCUUCUCUGUCUGUGAUGAGCACUGGGCAGAUGAACUCUACCCCAAGAUCUACCACAGCUGCUUCUUCAUUGUCACCUACCUGGCCCCGCUGGGCCUCAUGGCCAUGGCCUACUUCCAGAUCUUCCGCAAGCUCUGGGGCCGACAGAUCCCUGGUACCACAUCGGCCUUGGUGCGGAACUGGAAGCGACCCUCAGAGCAACUGGAGGCUCAGCACGAGGGCCUGUGUACAGAGCCCCAGCCCCGGGCCCGAGCCUUCCUGGCUGAGGUGAAGCAGAUGCGCGCUCGGAGGAAGACGGCUAAGAUGCUGAUGGUGGUUCUGCUGGUUUUUGCACUCUGCUAUCUGCCCAUCAGUGUCCUCAAUGUCCUUAAGAGAGUGUUUGGGAUGUUCCGGCAAGCCAGUGACCGGGAAGCCAUCUAUGCCUGCUUCACCUUCUCCCACUGGCUGGUGUACGCCAACAGCGCUGCCAACCCCAUCAUCUACAACUUCCUGAGUGAGCCGGUGUUCCGUCUCCAAAGUCUCCGAACACGUCGUGCUGACCAGCGUCACCACAGUGCUGUCCUGAGUGGGGCUGGCCCCAGCUCUGGGAGGCACAGCCUGAUCCUUUGCCUGGGAUCCGCCCCUGCACUCAUGCAAAGACUGCUGCUGCUCAGAGAGUAGCUGUGGCUCCGGUCCUGGCUUUCUGCUUGGGUGACUCGGCCAGAGUCAUUCCCUCUCUGAGGUUGUGUCCCCUAAGCUGGGCUGAUAGGCGGCUUAAGCGUGCUCGAGGAAGCGGAGAGCAUUGCAAGCCGUCUACUCCUGCGGACGUGGCUACUGUGCUACCUGUCUCAUGUGGCUAUACCCUACAAUGCCACCCCACCCUUUCAGAGCUUGGCCUGCCUCCCAGAGACCUGUCUCCUACUCAAUUAUAGGACUUCCCCCUGGCUGAAGUCUGCUCUAGAGGUCUGAAGGCCACCCGAAGCCCAGGCCGCAUAUGGCCAGCUGCCCUGAUGUCCUUGUGAAGUAAUUUGGGUUCAGCCCUUCUCGGAGGGCUCUGAAGCAGUCCACCCUCUCCAGGUGUGGACUGCACGCACCACGGGCUGGAUCUUGUCGGCAUCUCGGAGUGCUUAAGCACCCUCCAUGUGGCCAUUCAGCAUGCCAGCAGCCCGAAGCAACUGUAAUUAAAAGCCUGGC